AUGGAGCCCGACGAUCGUGAAGGCGUCGAAUGGAAGCAGGACGUCGGAAUGUGUGAGCCUCUUUGGACGAGAGAGCCCCAGGCCGAUGCCAUCGAGAAAGCGUGUCGAUCGACACUGGCACUCUCACCGGAGGACGGCUGCGCCAUUAGCUUCCUGGCCGAGGGCGGCUUCAACAAGGUCUACGCGGUGCAGACGGCCCAGGGCAAGUUUCUGAUGCGCGUCACGCUGCCCGUCGAUCCUAGGCACAAGACGCGGGGCGAAGUGGCUACGCUGGCCUGGGUCAGGCGCAACACCCACGUGCCCGUCCCCAAAGUUCUGGCCUUUGACGACACCAGUGACAACGCCAUCGGCUUCGAGUGGAUCCUCAUGCAGUUUAUGCCCGGGGUGUCGGCCAACAGGCUGUGGCGCCAGCUGACCACGGCCACCAAGACGUGGAUCGUCGAGCAGGUCGCCGACUUCCAGAGCCAGCUGUUCCAGCGCAGCUUCGACGACGCCAACUUCCGAUCCAUCGGCACUUUGUGCACCCCGGAACUAGGCGGACACAAUCUUGGCGCCCAGGGGAAGAAUCAAGGGCCUGCUCCCGGCCGUGUCGUGUCGAUCGCACACUUUGAGGGAGAGCGCGUCACCUACGACAUCCCGCGCGGGCCCUUCCGGUCGAGCCACGACUGGCUGAGCGCGCAGCUCGCCGCUCUACGCGAAGACCACAUCAAAGUACUAGCGACGAACCCAGACGAGGACAAGAAGGAAGACAGCGAGGAUAUCCUCAAGUUCGUCGAGAGACUAUCAGCACUGCUCCCCAAGAUCUUCCCCGCGCUGCAGCACCCGCCCGAGUGCACCGUACUCUGCCACAACGACCUCUCGCUGAACAACAUGCUCAUCGACGACGACGGCAAGACACGGCCAUCAUCGACUGGGAGUGCGUCUCUGCAGAGCCGCUGUGGGUAG